CGCGGUCUUUCGCCGGCAACCGGUGGGCACCCGCUGUGUGCGGUUGCCCAGGGUCCUGCGGCUGGCGAGAAGGCCCACCGUGGACACCGGAGGGCGGGCAGGGAAGCAGCUGCGCAGCGAGAGAUGCGGUCUCUUUGGUGGGCGCAGUGGGGGACCCCAAAGAUUUUACCAAAGAAUCCCGUCUGUUCCAUCGGGUAGCUUAAUACCUGGUGGCCGCCUAGGGUUCUGUGAGGUCUUUUUUUGGCGGUGGGGGGAUUGAACCCAGGGUCACUCGACCACUAAGCCACAUCUCCAGCCCUUUUAAACAUUUUAUUUAGAGAAAGGGUCUCACUGAAUUGCUUAAGGCUCCGCUAAAUUGCUGAGGCUGGUUUUGAACUCGCAAUCCUCCUGCCUCAGCCUCUUAAGCCGCUGGGAUUACAGGCGUGCGCCACCGGGGCCCAGCCUGUGGGGUCAUUUUACCUGUGUGGACACCAUUGUGUGGCUCAUUCAUGCCCAUAACACCUUUGAACCGCAAGCAAGUGACCCUGCCACCCAGGUGCUCCCGAGCUGGGCUCCUUCUCACUGAUGGAUCCCCACACCUUUGCCGACACUUGGCUCACCUUUUAAUUUUCUGAUAUUUCACCAGAUGGUGGUACAAGAUUGUUUCUUCGUGGACAGUUUGUAUGUAUUUGAUGAUUGUUUUCAGAUUUGAAUUGGCCAUUUUAACCUGGGGCUUGUCUUUUGCAUGUGGGUAGAGCCCUUUCUCGUAGGGCCCUGGAACCCCGGGUCUGAGAUGUGGCAGGUGUGUCCUCCUGCUCAUCUUGUGGGUUAGCACAGAGCUUCUGUUCAUUGUAAAUUCAGUUAGGUCGAUUGGCCGUGUUCUUGCCAGUCCUCACUUUGGUAACUUCCUGACCCACUUCAAGACGGCAGAUGUUCAUCCUACGACUCCAGUCUUCAACACAGGAGGCCCACACUGGCAGCCCUGCCGCUGGGUUCUCAGGGCUGGGAACUUCUUCUGUGAGACCAUCAGCCAAGUACCCGGCCAUCAAGGACCUGAUGCGGCCAGACCCACAUAUCAAGUGGACGGUGACAGGGCUGGUGCUGCUGCAGUUGCUGGCCUGCUGGCUGGUGCAGGGGCUGGCCUGGCGCUGGCUCUUCUUCUGGGCCUACGCCUUUGGCGGCUGCGUGAACCACUCCCUGACGCUGGCCAUCCACGACAUCUCCCACAACACUGCCUUCGGCACCGGCCGCCCUGCCCACAACCGCUGGUUCGCCAUCUUCGCCAACCUGCCCGUGGGCGUGCCCUACGCGGCCUCCUUCAAGAAGUACCACGUGGACCACCACCGCUACCUGGGUGGCGAUGGGCUGGAUGUGGACAUCCCCACGCGCCUGGAGGGCUGGCUCUUCUGCACGCCGGCCCGCAAGCUGCUGUGGCUGGUGCUGCAGCCCUUCUUCUACUCGCUGCGGCCGCUCUGUGUCAACCCCAAGGCCGUGACCCGCAUGGAGGUGCUCAACACCCUGGUGCAGCUGCUGGUCGACGCCGCCAUCUUUGCCCUUUGGGGCAUCAAGCCUGUAGCCUACCUUCUGGCCAGCUCCCUGCUGGGCCUGGGCCUGCACCCCAUCUCGGGCCACUUCGUGGCUGAGCACUACAUGUUCCUCAAGGGCCACGAGACCUACUCCUACUACGGGCCCCUCAACUGGAUCACCUUCAACGUGGGCUACCACAUGGAGCACCACGACUUCCCCAGCAUCCCGGGCUGCAACCUGCCCCUGGUGCGGAAGAUUGCGCCCGAGUACUACGACCACCUGCCGCAGCACCACUCGUGGGUGAAGGUGCUCUGGGAUUUUGUGUUCGAGGACUCCCUGGGGCCCUAUGCCAGGGUGAAGCGGGUGUGCAAGCUGGCAGAGGACCGCCUAUGAGCCCUGCCAGGGAGCCUGCGACCUGACCCUGCCCACACUGCUCGGCUGGCUGCUGCUUCCCCCAUGCCCAUGGGCAGUGCCCCAGACGGGUUUGGCUGCUGCCUCCUUCGUACCCAUGGGCAGUGCCCCAGACGGGUUUGGCUGCAUUGAUUCUGGCUUUUGUCCCCAGAGCCCUGGGAGUUGCCAUCAGCAGCCAUGCCUGUCAACAGUGGGCCCAGGCUGUGUCCUGGUCUGCACAGGGACUCUCAGUGGACCUUUUUGGGCUCAAUGGGCAAGGUCUCAAUGCCCGGGCCCAUGAUCCUCACGGAGCUGACUUCUCUGGAUUCUUGUGCCCUAAAUUAAACCCAGUGCUUGUUUUCACA